UCGCUCUGGGGGGAAGGGCCUGCGUUGCCUCAGUCUUACCACGGUCGUUUCGGUGCUCUCCUCUCUGUGUGGACGUAGAGCAGGAGGGUUGAGGCGGACGCUGUGAUUGUGGCCGUCGGGGACCACAGCGCCUUUCCGUCCGGGCCCUGGCAAUGAUUUAAGUCACUGAAGAACCUGGGCACGCAGGUCAGGGGGGGAAACGGAGAAAGCACGUCGGGAGGGAGCCUGGAGAGGAGCGGACUCAGCUGUUGGAGAUGUGCGGUCGGGCCGAGAAUGCGGCGGUAUCCCUCUGUAGGCCUGGACUGAGCAGAUUGUUCUGAGAGGAAACGGAUAACAAACAGGGGAAGUGAACAUGGCGGGGACCUCCAGCUUCUUUUCCAACGGACCUGUUCCGUGGAUGGACAACGACACGGAGAUGAACAACCUCUACCGCGACCUGGAGCUGGGGACAGUACUGACGUUGUAUUACUCAAAGAAAUCCCAGCGGCCAGAGAGGAAGACUUUUCAAGUCAAGCUGGAGACCAGGACUAUUAUCUGGACCCGGGUCACGGAUAAAAUAGAGGGAGAGAUUGACAUUCGAGAGAUCAAGGAGAUCCGUCCUGGACAGAAGUCCCGGGACUUUGAGCGUUACUUGGAGGACUCGGCAGCGCGGCUGGACCAGGCUCACUGCUUCGUCAUCCUCUAUGGCACCGAGUUUCGCCUUAAGACGCUGAGCCUUGCUGCUACGUCUGAUGAGGAGAUGACCAUGUGGGUGAAGGGCUUAAACUGGCUUGUAGCCGACACACUGAAGUCACCAACACCACUCCAGAUAGAGAGGUGGUUACGCAAGCAGUUCUAUGCAGUUGAUCGCAACAGAGAAGACAGGAUAUCCUGUAAGGAUCUGAAGAGCAUGCUGAGCCAGGUCAACUACAGGGUGCCCAACAUGAGAUUCCUCCGAGAGAGAUUUCCGGACACAGAGCUGAGGAACGGAGACGUGUCCUUCAGUCAGUUUGCCCACCUCUAUCGCAGCCUCAUGUUCGACGCGCAGAAAAAUAUGGAGAUCCCAUUUCUACAAAGUUUCAUUAACAGACCAGAACAGAGGAUAUCCCUCGAGGACCUGAAGAGCUUCCUCCUCGACUCUCAGAAGGAAAUGUGGGCGACAGACAACAACAAGGUGCAGGAGUUUAUGUUCACCUAUCUGAAAGACCCUCUGAGAGAAGUGGAGCAGCCUUUUUUCCACCAAGACGAGUUCCUGACCUAUCUGUUCUCCAAAGAGAACACCAUCUGGGAUUCCUCCCUAGACCAAGUGUGCCCUGAGAAUAUGAACAACCCCCUGUCCCACUACUGGAUCUCCUCUUCGCACAACACCUACCUGACGGGAGACCAGUUUUCCAGCGAGUCAUCCCUGGAGGCUUAUGCUCGCUGUCUGAGGAUGGGCUGCCGCUGCAUUGAAUUGGACUGCUGGGAUGGUCCUGAUGUAAUGCCCGUCAUCUACCACGGACACACCCUCACAACAAAAAUCAAGUUCUGCGAUGUCCUGAACACCAUCAAAGAGCACGCCUUUGUUACGUCCGACUACCCCGUCAUCCUGUCCAUUGAGGAUCACUGUAGUAUUGUGCAGCAGAGGAAUAUGGCCACUUACUUUAAGAAGGUGUUUGGAGACAUGCUCCUGACCAAGGCAGUGGACAUCGCGGCAGAUGGCCUGCCCUCACCAAACCAGCUCAAGAGGAAAAUUCUGAUCAAGCAUAAGAAACUUGCAGAAGGUAGCGCCUACGAGGAGGUGUCCACCUCCACGCCCUACUCGGAGAAUGACAUCAGUAACUCCAUCAAAAAUGGCCUCCUCUAUUUGGAAGACCCCAUUAACCAUGAGUGGUAUCCUCAUUUCUUUGUCCUGACCAGCAGCAAGAUCUACUACUCAGAAGAGACGUCCAAUAAUCAGGGGAACGAUGAUGAGGAGGAACACAGAGAGGUGUCUAAUGGUAUGGACCAGCAUAUAACAGAGAAAUGGUUCCAUGGGAAGUUGGGCGCAGGGCGAGACGGGCGGCAGAUCGCGGAGAGGCUGCUGUCCGAGUACUGCCUGGAGACCGGAGCUCCCGAUGGCUCCUUCCUUGUCAGAGAGAGUGAGACCUUUGUGGGAGACUACACACUGUCAUUCUGGCGUUCUGGACGGGUGCAGCACUGUCGUAUCCACUCUCGUCAGGAGGCCGGCAGCCCGAAGUUCUACCUGACUGACAACCUCGUGUUUGACACGCUCUUCGCCCUGAUCACCCACUACCAACAGGUGGCGCUGCGGUGCAAUGAGUUUGAGAUGAAGCUGACGGAGCCAGUGCCUCAGACCAAUGCCCAUGAAAGCAAAGAGUGGUACCACGCAAACCUCUCCAGGAGUCAUGCUGAGAACAUGCUGAUGAGGGUUCCUCGUGACGGAGCGUUCCUCGUCAGGAAGAGGGCAGAACCCAACUCGUUUGCCAUUUCCUUCAGAGCUGAGGGAAAGAUAAAGCAUUGCCGUGUGCAGCAGGAAGGUCAGACUGUGGUGCUGGGCACCUCAGAGUUCGACAGCUUAGUUGAUCUCAUCAGCUACUAUGAGAAACACCCUCUGUACCGCAAGAUGAAGCUGCGUUACCCCAUCAACGAGGACACACUGGAGAAGAUAGGCACUGCUGAGCCAGACUACGGGUCACUGUACGAGGGCAGGAAUCCAGGCUUUUACGUGGAGGCGAACCAAAUGCCAACAUUUAAGUGCACAGUGAAAGCCAUGUACGAGUACAAGGCUCAGAGAGACGACGAGCUCUCGUUCACCAAAAGUGCCAUCAUCUCUAAUGUCGACAAACAGGAAGGAGGAUGGUGGAAGGGAGACUGUGGAGGGAAGAAGCAGCUGUGGUUUCCUGCCAAUUAUGUGGAGGAGAUCAGUCCUUCAGCUGCAGAGCCUGACAGAACUCAGGAGAUCACAGAGAACAGCCCUCUUGGAGAUCUGCUGAGAGGAAGUAUGGAUGUGUCUUCCUGUCAGCUUGUUGUGCGCACUGAAGGAAAAGGCAGCAGACCGCAUGUCUUCUCCCUGGUGCCCACCAUGUCCAUGAGGACGGGCCCGGUGCUGGACGUCGCCGCCAGCAGCCACGAGGAGCUCAAGGAAUGGGUGGCCAAGAUCCGCGAUGUCGCCAUGACGUCCGAGGCCAAGCUGGAAGAGGGGAAGAUGAUGGAGAGGAGGAAGAAGAUUGCACUGGAAUUAUCCGAUCUGGUCAUCUACUGUAGGCCUGUGCCUUUUGAUGAAGACAAAAUUGGCACAGAGCGAGCCUGUUUCCGGGACAUGUCCUCAUUCCCCGAGACCAAGGCGGAGAAGUACGUCAACAAGAUUAAGGGAAAGAAGUUCCUGCAGUACAAUCGACUCCAGCUGUCCAGGAUUUACCCCAGAAGCCAGAGAUUGGACUCCUCCAACUAUGACCCACUGCCCAUGUGGCUGUGCGGGUCACAGCUGGUAGCACUCAACUUCCAGACAGCAGACAAACCCAUGCAGAUGAACCAGGCUCUGUUCAUGUUGAAUGGAAGGAGUGGCUACGUCCUUCAGCCACCCAUCAUGAGGGACGAGAACUUUGACCCGUUUGACAGACAAACGUUACGAGGCCUUGAAGAAGUCACUCUAGUGAUCGAGGUUUUGGGCGCACGGCACUUGCCCAAACACGGACGCGGCAUCGUGUGUCCCCUGAUCGAGAUCGAGGUGUGCGGAGCCGAGUACGACAGCGCCAAACAAAAGACUGACUCAGAAGCUGAUAACGGUCUGAACCCGACGUGGCCUCCAAAGCCGUUCCGUUUCACCGUGUGCAACUCCGCCUUUGCCUUCCUGCGCUUUGUGGUGUACGAGAUCGACAUGUUCAACGACCAAAACUUCUUGGCCCAGGCCACGUUCCCCAUUCAUGGUCUGAAGACAGGUUACCGCUCAGUGCCUCUGAAGAACAGCUACAAUGAGGAUCUGGAGUUGGCUUCUCUGUUGGUCCAGAUGGACGUCAUCAGAGGCAGGGAGGAGAACGGAGAAACCACCCUGAGUCCCUAUCUCGCCGCCGGGGCCGCUACGGUGACGGCAGCGGCGCAGGCCGGGGGACGCGAGCGCCUCGGGGAUCUGAGCUUGGUGUCCUCGCCGUCCUCCUCCAGCUUGUCCACUCUCCCUCAGUCUCCGGCUCAGGCUCUGGCCUUCAGAGGGAUGGACGCCUCCUUCGAGUCUCGCUAUCAGUCUCCUCUGGACGACUUCAGGGUCUCCCAGGAGACGCUGCUGGACCACAUGGACCCUCAGAACAGUCGGAUGUUGCAGAGGACCAGAGUGGGCGGAGAGAACCGCGUCUAAGUCCAAGCCAAUCAGCCCUCUGCCCCCCCCCCCUCCCCAACCUUACCCCUCUUCACCCAGCCGCCUCUCCUCGUACCGAUGAUGUCACUCGCUGCUGUGAACACUGUUUCCAUGGAAACGCCCGCCACCGCUUUUGGCCUACAUUUCAGGCAGCUCUCCCUCCCUCCCUUCACUCUCCCGACCACCCCGCCGCUCACUCAGCGCUCGCCCGAGGAGAGGAGAGGCUGUGGGGGGGUCUCUGACUGCUGCGGACAGGAAGUGUUGGAGUGGUCAUAUAAAGCAGGCGGUCAGGUGUGAACAACAGCAGCAGCUCAGUCAGGAGGUGAAGAGGAGAGAAGAAGAGAGGGAGAGAGAGAGAGAGAGAGAGCUUUUAAAAAAAGGUCUCGGUUUGAAACUGUUUCCAGUUCCAUUUCCUGUUGCUCUCCUCGAUUCAGCAUCCUCUGAACAUUUAUAUAUUUAUUCCUGCUCCGCUGUUGGCCAGAGAAAAGCAGCAGCAGCAGCAGAAGCAGCUCAAAGAGUUCCUGUAUCCAUGUUUUUAAUUAUUCUAAUUAUUUAAACCUUUAAAACAUUCAUAAUGUGACUUCUUUUUUAUGUAUAUGUGUCAAACAUGAGGGCUCUCUAUGGCUGUUUUCAACAUCUCUCUCCCCCUCUCUCUCUCUCUCUCUCUCUCUCCCUCCUCUUUGCUCCCUGAUCCUUUAUUUAAAUCUUUAUUUUUUAUUUUUUGUUUUCAUUGAAAUGGCAUCAGGAGGAAGUGGUGACCCUGGUUUUGUAAGCGGAGCGAGAGAAGGACGUGGUUCAUGUUUUAUGAGUUUUUAUCUCUUGUCAUUUCUAAUCAACAUUCCCAUCGUUCCAUGUUCAGUGUGACGCGUUCAUACGUUCGUCUCCUUCACGGUUUUACUGCGUCGCAGAGCAGAGCAGCACCAGGACUAAAAAUGAGACUAGAGCUGAAACAACGGCUUGAUGAUUAAU